AAGUAUAGGUUAGUUUUCUGUGAUGGCGACGUUGUGAUUUGUGAUGAAAUCGUCGAAAUUAUUCAUUUUUCUCAUUCAUUCCUCUUAAUUUGGACAUUAGUGAGAAAAUUAUCGUUGAUUCACAUCAAAUUUCAACGACAAAAAAGUGCGAAAUGGAGAAUAAUUAAUCUCUUGGAUCUCUUGUUUUUUAUGUCAAAGACUCUCAUUAUGAUUUUGUAUUGAAAAAUUUGCUGCUCGUGUGUUGGAAAAAGAGCGAGAAUUGAAAAAGGAAGAGUCUAGGAGAAGGGAGAGAGAACAAGAUCGCCGCGUGCGCGUCUUUACACCCGAGUAUAUACAGUGCAGUAUUCAGGAAGUUGAAAUAAAAAAAAAAUCAUAUCAUCUGGAAAAUUAAGCGAGUCGUGAAAAUUAUACAAAAAUGUCGGAUACAGAGAGGCAGGAGAAUUUGGAAACCGAGUACCUGGAGAUUAACUCCAAGGGGGCUUGGGCAAUUAUCUAUCAGCACAUGCGUAACGAGUGCACAAAUUUUGAAUACACCUGUAAUGAAUCAAAAAAGCCACAAAACAGAAAUUUGAAUCGAUAUAGAGAUGUUGCACCAUAUGAUCACACAAGAAUUGAACUCAAACGAGGAUCAUGCGAUUAUAUCAACGCAAAUCUUAUCGAAGUCGAACGAGCCAACAGGCUUUACAUCCUAACACAAGGACCACUUCCAAAUACAGCCGGACAUUUUUGGCUGAUGAUAUGGGAACAAGAGAGUAAAGGAAUAAUAAUGUUAAACAAAGUCAUCGAGAAGAAUCACGUCAAGUGUCAUCAAUAUUGGCCAAUGGGCGGUACUUCUGAUGAAGAAAUGACAUUUGCGGAUGUUAAUUUAAAAGUAGAAUUCAUCAGUAAAACUAAUUUAAUGAAUUACACAACCACCAAGUUAAAAUUAACGGACUUGGAAUCGAGUAAAAGCAGAGAAAUUCUGCAUCUUCAUUACACAACGUGGCCAGAUUUUGGCGUUCCACAGAGUCCAACGGCAUUCCUUCGAUUUUUAGUCGACGUCAGACAACAUGGAGUUUUAGAUCAAAAUGUGGGACCACCGAUUGUUCACUGUUCAGCGGGAAUUGGAAGAUCGGGAACAUUUUGCCUUGUGGACAGUUGUCUCGUUCUCAUCGAAGAAAAUGGAAUAAAUUCAGUGAAUGUACGAGAAAUUUUAAUGGAAAUGAGGAGGAGUCGAAUGGGCCUAAUUCAAACGCCGGAUCAACUUCGAUUUUCCUACGCAGCCAUUAUUGAAGGAUCGAAACAAUUGCCUCUUAAUAAUGUGAAUGUCGAUAACGAAAUAGUGACUAACCAUUAUGAUGUGGUAAAUAAUGUUAGUAACUCAUCAAUAGAGGAGGAUGAUGAACCACCUCCUCUUCCACCUCCUCGAGGAGAGUCACUAGGUCGUGGUAAUAAUGCCGAAGUGACGCCUACAUCGACUACUGAAAAUGGAGAUAUAAACGGUCCUCCAAAUAAGCCAUUGCCAAGUGAACCGCCUUCACAUUUGGAUUUAAUUUCCAAUUCGCCACAAACAAAUUCUAACUACUUAUCUAACAAUGUACAAGAAAAUAAUGAAGAUGUUGCUCAAUCCGGCGAAAGUGGAGGCGAAAAUUCCUGUCAAGCUAGCCCUCCGUCUAGUCCAGAUUCGAAAAGCAAUUUGCGUCAACGUCAUCUCGAGAAGAAAGAAAGACUCGCGGCUCAGGUACGAGAGAUGAAACGCCGACAGAAGGAGACGGAAGAUUGGCAGAAACUCAAGAGGUCAUUAUUUUCGCCCCUUUCACUAAGCAUAGGAGCCGCGUUUGUUGGUGGGAGUGUUUUGGCAAUUUAUGCGUAUUUUUACAUGCGCGGCUAAAACUCGAAAAAAAAUAUAUAUAUAUACAAAUAUAUAUACAUAUUUUUUUUUAAUUAAUUCAGCGUGGGCAGUAACGCUUACAUUUAUUAGUGAGACAGUCUUUAACUAUAUACAUACAAUCGUCAAAUAUUCUCAAUUUUUUUUUCACGAGACAUUUUUUCAUUUUUUCCACAAUGGAAAAAUUGAUAUGAAUCUGAUUAUUAAUAAUAACAACGAGAAAUUCUGGUUCGAUAUUUUAAAAUGAAUUUUAAUUCCAUUUUUUGGAAAAAACUUCUCUCGAAAAAAAGGAAAUCCGAAGAAAUUUUAAGAAUAGUGAAAUAUGCAUUUGUAUUUUUAUAUAUAUUGCAAAACUUGAAAUUUAUCCAAUUUAUCCAUCAGAUACAAAAGAAGUAUCUGAGUCUUAUAAUUCUUUUUUAUUUACAAAUCACACGGGGUUUUUUUUAAUAGUUGAAUAUAUUUGAAGAAAAAAAAGAAACCCAAUCGCGUUAUCGAUUUUCUGUGGAUUAUCAUUUCUCUACAGAAUUUCAUAUAUUUUCUUACAUUCUACAUCGUUUAUGUUGAAAACAAAUAAUGAUAAAACUAAAAAAAAAUGUUAGAAAAUUUUUUCACGAAUGAUGAAUUUCUUUUAUUUCCUAGUAUUUUUUUAAUAAUUUAGAAUUUCAUUAAUUUCAUUCGUGUAUGAAUUAGUGAGUUUAAUUUAUAAAUUUACUUACAAAUAUAAUUACGUGAAAGUUUAGAUUACAUUUUUUUUUAAAUACUGAUCUCGAAGAAAUGUAGAGUUUCAGAUUUUUUUUUGAUACAACAAUGAGAAAAAUAAUUUUUAAAAAGAAGAUGUUUCUCUUUUGGUAAAAUAAUUUUUUUUAUUGAAUAUCACUCUCUACACUCUUUCAAGGCUAUUUUAUUGAUAGUUUAUUUUUUUCUGUAAACGAAUUAUUCCGUAAACAAUAUUUUCGUGUUUGAAAUCGCGAUUGAAUUGUUAUUAAUUAUGACGGAAUUAAAAAUUGUCGAUUACGAGAUGUCCUGCUCGGAUAGUUGAGCGUUCGGAAAGACUGAGUACGAUUAAUAAUAUCUCAAGUCAAAAAAAAAAGAAAAGAAGAAAGGAAGUAAAAUUAAUUAAUGAUCAAUUUUAAAAAAUACGUAUAAUCGUAAUUUUUGAGUAAAAUUAUACCACAGAUAAUAGAUAGGCUCAGUUAGUAGUCUUCUCGUAGGGGACAAUUAUUUUUUAUUCCUAAUGAUUCCUUCGUUACAAUAUUUAAAAUAAUUCUCUUUUUGUGAAAAUGUCAUUUAUUGGAAUUGUUGACAAACAUUUAUUUUUCAUGAAUAAAAAAAAUUAAUUAACAAAAAUUGUCUCUCUUCAUUGAAAAAAAUUAAUUUUCAAAAAUCCUUUUCAAAAUUCUUGAUUAUCAAUUUAUUCCUAUCUAUCGUCUGUGGUGAUAGGAAAAAGAUUAUUUUUUCAUUGUCUGACUCUGAUCAUUAAUUGUAUUGAUAUAAAAGAGAGAGCAAGACUGCUGGAAGUCUUAAUUAAAAAGUCUCUAUUAAAAAAAAAACGGUGCUAAUGAAAAAAAAAGUUCCACACAAAUCUUGCACGUGAUAGUUUUAAAAAAAAAAUGUGUGAGAGAAUGAAAGAGAGCGAUUGCAGUCUUCUUUUGAAAAAAAAGAAAUCAAUUUUGUAAUGAAUUGACAAAAUCUCGAAACGGAAGAUCAUGUGUCGUGUCAGUUACAAAAUAGGAAAAGAGAAUUUACAGUGAUUAAAAACAGAAACAUAGCCAAGUGCCUCCUCGUGUUUACAUGAAAUUAAUAAUAUGAUUGAUUGGAACUAAAAGUAAAAAAAACAAAUCGUGAGAUAUUUAAAUCGCGAGUGCACCUUUUUGAAAUAAUCCAAAACACCCCACCACUACUCUUUUUCUUAGGCAUGAGAGCAAGAUCCUAAACACAUUUUUAUAUUAUUAUAAUAAUCGACAAUAUCGAGUAAAUAUUUUAUAAUUAUAAUUAUAGAUAGAUUUCGAGAUUUUUUCUCUUUUUGAUUGUCAAGCGCAAUUUUUUGUGAUUGAUGAUGUAAGAUUUUUUACAAGUGCCAAUAUGACAAUGUACCUUUUAAAUAAAAUUUCCUUUGAGGGAAAGAAUUAUGUAGACUUA